CCCUCUUCUUUCUGGGUAACUCCGGAGAAGGGACCAAAUAAAUUGCCACUUAGCGUCAGGGCAAAGGCGAUGGUGUCCUCUCUUUGGGGUGCUAUGAGCUAAUCCUCUGCAUGCCAGAUUAGGAAGUGCUCUUUUCCACACAGAGAGAAACCCACCGAAUUCACAAAGGAAAGGAGCAGUAUCGUUUGUUUUAUCCAGGAUGGCCGCUUGCGGAGGCACCACCAAGAAUAGGCUCACGGUAAAUAAGCACGUCUGGGACUUCUUGACCAAGGAAAGCCCAGCCAAGCUGGUUAAGCUGAAGGAGGAGAACAAGGUCGGCAUCUUGAUUGAUGGCGAGACCUCCGAGAUCUACGUGCUGCAGAUCACCCUGCCUGCCCACGGGCCGAGCAACGGCCUCUACCUGGCCCGCAAAGCCCUCAAGGCCCUGCUCAAGGAGACGGAGAAGGAGCUGAAGAAGGCCCAGCGCCAGAGCGAGCUGAUGGGCUGCAUGGCCUUAAUGGAGAAGAGCCGAGAGCACGGCGCUGUGGAGCUUCACCGCCGAGGGGCUGCGUUGAUAUCCAGAGGGCAGCAGACCUCCGGGUCCAGAGUGGUCAGCGGCAGCGGAGGUGUGGCCAGCUGCUCGCGGGGAGGGGAGGAGGAACAGGACAGCCAAUGCCCCAUCUGUUUGGGGGAGAUCCAGAACAUUAAGACUCUGGAGAAGUGCAAGCACUCCUUCUGCGAGGACUGCAUCACUCGGGCCUUGCAAGUCAAGAAAGCCUGCCCUAUGUGUGGGCGUUUCUAUGGGCAACUGGUGGGCAACCAGCCGGAGAACGGGCGCAUGCUGGUCUCCAAGGACUCAAGCCUGCUCCUCCCUGGCUAUGAGAAAUAUGGCACCAUCAUCAUCCAGUAUGUCUUCCCACCUGGCAUACAAGGAGUGGAGCAUCCCAACCCCGGCGUCCGCUACCCAGGCACCACUCGUGUGGCCUACCUUCCCGACUGCCCCGAAGGCAACAAGGUGCUGGCGCUGUUCCGCAAGGCCUUUGACCAACGCCUCACUUUCACCAUUGGCACCUCCAUGACCACAGGCCGAGCCAACGUCAUCACCUGGAACGACAUCCAUCACAAAACCAACUGCACCGGUGGACCGCAGCUGUUUGGCUACCCUGAUCCUACAUACCUUGCUCGGGUGCAAGAGGAACUGCGGGCCAAGGGCAUCACCAAUGACUGAUCUUGCCCCCUGCCACUGUGUCUCCAGGAAUGGUGUGUUGUUUCUGCCUGGUCCAGCAAUUGUGGAGAAAGCGUCCUCAUCUCUCGGAGCAAACCGUCUCACAGUGUGAUCUUGACCCAGGAUGCAAAGUGCUGGGCGUUCCGAGAUGACAUUUUGAAUGGAAUUUCUUGCUUGAAGGAGUUGGGAACAGAGGCGUUGGGAAGGCUGUGUUAGAGACAUGCAUUUGAAUUGGCUGGGUUAGAAAGUUCAGGUCAAUCUGCACAUUACACAGAAUGAGUGAGUUGGUAGAGUCCUGGACUGUACCACUUCAAAAUGCCUGCAGGGAGGGGUUUUGUUUUUAUUUGAUGACAAUAUGUUGUGUGGGUUUAAAUAACAUUAAUAACAAUAAACUCCAUAUCCAGGCAUGUAAUAAACAAGCAUGUCAGGAAGAGAGCUACAGUAAACCUUUCCCCCUGAUGUGCUAGACUGCUGCA